UUUCAGGGAAUGUAAAGAGACCACCUCUAAUGCAGGAAUAUGAAAAGGACAUUACAUCAGGAGAGAUGAAACCAUGAAGGCCUCAUUAAGUAUUCAUGCCUGAGUGGACUGACCUGUUUGAGAGGAAAAACACAAUAAUCAAUAUGUUCCUGAUAAACUCUUCACUGCCACCCUGUGUAGAAACCCUCACGUGAAUAGAAAGACUUUUGUUGGGGCCAAUCAGCAGGGCCCGUUAGAAACAGUGGGACAGGUGAAUUUGGAUCCAGUAACCAUAGAGAGCCAGAACAAACAGAGAAGUUUCCGCUCGCACCAUCAGCUGUUGAGAGGUUUGUGUUUCAAAAUAAAAGCGCUACUGUAAUCCUGAAUGCCUUUACAGCGUGUUUUUGUCUGUUAUGUUUUAUUGUGAUACUUACUAAGCCGGAAGUGAUGGUGUCAUUAGCUCAACCUUGACAGGUACUCCGCCGGAGAAGCCUCUAAUGUCGCCUAAACGAAAGAAACUUAGCUCGACAAGUUUUCUUUCGACAGUGACAGACGCAGCGGCCCCUGGAACUCUUAUGUGAACAUUUCUCCCCCGACCUGAGCGUGCGGUGCAGCUAGUUUGGGCCUGUCCGCUUCACGUUGGGCUGGUUGGGAGGCACACCGAACUGUACAAUGCACAUGCUGGCCUCAAACGGAUCCAUAAUGGACAACUUGAACUCGGAGUUGGUGAAAAUUAAAGCGCACUUCUGCGGGGACAUGUUGAUCAUGGACUUGGCAGCCACAGUAACUUUUGUGGAGCUGUGUGAGGAGGUGAGAACGAUGUGCAGCGUUGCCAAGCAGCAGCCCAUCACACUCAAGUGGAUUGAUGAUGAAGGGGACCCUUGUACCAUCUCGUCUCAGAUGGAGCUGGAGGAGGCAUUUCGUAUUCACAAUCGAACCAAGAGGUCUGGACUGCUGCUGCAUGUGUUCCCCAGCAUCCCGGAGCGGCCUGGCAUGCCCUGCCCUGGAGAGGACAAAUCGAUCUAUCGCCGCGGGGCCAGAAGAUGGAGGAAACUCUACAGAGUCAACGGACACCUCUUCCAGGCCAAGCGCUUUAACAGGAAAGCCUACUGUGGCCACUGUAGUGAAAGGAUAUGGGGGCUGGGCAGGCAGGGCUACAAGUGUAUCAACUGCAAACUGCUGGUCCAUAAGCGCUGUCACAGACUCAUCCCUCAGACCUGCCAAAGGCUUAUGGAUCCAGUCAUGCCAUCACAAGAGCCCCCUUCAGACGCCAAGAGUGAAGAGGUGGACCUUCCACCAGAUGACACAGAGGACACAGAUGGGAUACCUUUUUUACCGCACAACUGUACAGUGGAUAAAACAGAAGACACAGACACAGAGGACAUCAAAGCAGUAGUGGAUGGCAUCGAUGGCAUUAAGCUGUCCCAGGGCCUGGCGCUCGGGCUGAGCGAUUUUGACCUGAUCCGAGUGAUCGGCCGUGGAAGCUAUGCGAAGGUUCUGCUGGUUCGGCUAAAGAAGAAUGAGCAGGUGUACGCCAUGAAGGUGGUGAAGAAGGAGCUGGUCCAUGAUGAUGAGGAUAUUGACUGGGUGCAGACAGAGAAGCAUGUGUUUGAGCAGGCGUCCACCAAUCCAUUCCUAGUAGGCCUCCACUCCUGUUUCCAGACAGAAAGUCGGUUAUUUCUGGUGAUUGAAUAUGUGAACGGCGGAGACUUGAUGUUUCAUAUGCAGCGACAAAGGAAGCUCCCUGAAGAACAUGCAAGAUUUUAUGCUGCUGAAAUCUGUAUCGCUCUGAACUUCCUGCAUGAAAAGGGCAUCAUCUACCGCGACCUGAAGCUGGACAACGUUCUCUUGGACCACGAGGGACACAUCAAGCUCACAGACUAUGGCAUGUGCAAGGAGGGGAUCAGACCAGGUGAUACCACUAGUACCUUCUGCGGAACACCUAACUACAUUGCACCUGAGAUCCUCAGAGGAGAGGACUACGGCUUCAGUGUGGACUGGUGGGCUCUGGGAGUGCUGAUGUUUGAGAUGAUGGCUGGGAGGUCCCCGUUUGACAUUAUCACAGACAAUCCUGACAUGAACACAGAGGAGUACCUCUUUCAAGUUAUUCUUGAGAAGCCCAUUCGCAUCCCAAGGUCUCUGUCUGUGAAAGCUGCCAGCGUGCUCAAGGGCUUUCUAAACAAGGAUCCUAAGGAGCGGCUGGGAUGCCAGGUCCAGACAGGCUUCACCGAUAUCAAGUCACACACAUUUUUCCGCAGUAUAGACUGGGACCAGCUGGAGAAGAAAGAGGUGACACCACCCUUCAAACCUCAAAUCUCUGAUGACUACGGCCUCGAAAACUUCGACACGCAGUUUACUAAUGAACCAGUGCAGCUAACACCAGAUGAUGAGGACGUCAUCAAGAGAAUAGACCAGUCCGAGUUUGAGGGAUUUGAAUACAUCAACCCCCUGCUGCUAUCCACAGACGAGUCUGUAUGAAGGAGAGACCAGCUUCCUCCUUCGCCCACCUACUGUUUGUCCAAGCUGCCGUCUCAGCCAAAAAACCACUCGCAAGCCAACUCUGAAAGGCGAGGAGGAGGAGGAAGAGUAAAGGACAACAGGGAGGACGAACUCCCCCUCUGGACCUGUCAACAAGGCAAAGCAAACAGGAAAAUGGGAGAGUUUCCUUCCUGGACGAUUCAGAUUGUUGUGUCGGGUACUGAACUCUUCUUGUCAUCUACAAGGAAAACAAAGAUACUGGACUUCAAGAACAUUCCCUGUCGUUACGUUGUCUUCCCCUUUCUUUUCUUUUUCUCCGUCAGCUUCAUUCCUUCCCUCCUUCGACUGUCCAUCCUCGUGUCGAAGCACGACUGGCUUUGUAAUUUGAACAGAGAGCUGUUUCAUUCUGUGCCUGCCGUCAUGAACACACUUCUCAUGUCCGUCUCAUGUCCCUGGAUCAAUAUGACAGUUCUGCUGAAGGACUUGAAAUUUUACGUGCACUUUUGUUGUUUUAUUAAUUAUUUUUUUUUCUCUAUCUUGUAGGGAGGGGGGGCGAUGCCUCACACAAAACAAGAAUGUACAAUGACAAAGGAAAAAAUAAGUUAUUAUUGUGUAUUAUAAUGUAGGUAGUGAAUCCAAAAUUGACGAUGCCUUUUUAUUGAUGCAAGUGGCACAUUUUCAUCCGUAACCACAAACUUUUCUUUUUUUGGUUGGGGUGGGAGGGGGGUUAACUGGGAGACGACUUUUUAUUUAAUAAGUGCCUCAAAGAUCGUAUUAAUUACCAUGUCUCUGAUUGCACUUAUCUCUUAUUGAACAUGUCUUCACCCAUCAUGGCUUCAGUAGGUACAGAUCACCUGAAGGCUAGACUCUAUCGGGGUUGGUCAAAUCCAAUCUGUAGGGGACUCGGUAUUUUCGGAGCACAGUAGCCUGCUUCAGUCCUGACUGGAUCUUUUUAUUUUUAAUGAAUCCAUUCAAAUAAUCCAUACAGAGCAAAUUAUUUAUGACCGGCCUAUAUAUUCACAAGAGUAGCAUCUAAGCCAACCUCAGAUGUGGUGUCAGGAAGAGACGGAGCGUCAGCAUUAAAGCAUGAUGUAUAGAUGGCGUCCUGCAAUACGAGUUUUCCCAAAGCCAAAUUAUCAUUCAGAAAUGUCACAGGUAGGUGUUGUGCAGCAGACAGCAUUCAUACAGUCCUGUAUUUAGAAAGGUGUGUAAAGGCCAUGGUAUACUAAAAGUCUGGCAGCUUUAGAAACACAUUAUAUCAGGAUGUCAGCUGAAAAACAAAGCAGCUCAUUGGCUGUGGCCUCCACAGUGUGUACAGGCCUGCUGGCUGAGCUCAGAUUCUUCCACACCAGCUGCCACUGCGUGACCAUAUGCAGCCGGUCGAAAAUAUCAUGCGACAGGUUGGUUGUGCUGUCUUGUGGAAACGUCUCCAUUUUGGGCUCAUUGUGUGUUUCCGUCUCCACGCUAAGGCUGGCUUUACAUGGUGCAACCACAGCUCAGUGCAACUUCAGAUGUUAGAUUUCUCUUUAGUUAAAAAAAAGACCAAAUAAAAUGACAAAUAAUCAAAAAUCAUGUUUAAAUGAAAUUCAAAUGUAUUUUAAAUAUUGUUUUAUGUCUAAGAGGAAUAAAAGGUCUUCUUUUAGCCUCUGAGAGGGCGGGCCGGUGUACAGAGACACUAGUCUGCACCACAGUGUACAGGCAGCAUCCUGUUAGCAGUGCUGCUGAAUAAUAAAGACCUUUUAUCAAGAAAGCAAAAGAUAUCAAAUAUUUGAAAGCGUAGGACCUGUUAAUCACAGAGCAGAGACGCAGUUUAAUUUCAGUUUCACGUCAAACAUGUCCUCAUCCCGUUCUGUACGUGAUGCAUUUGACUAAAUUACUUAACUUUACGGACAGUAGGUGGCCUGGAUUUAACAACAAUUUCCACACUUUAUUGUACUCUCCGCAUCCAUGGUGUUAAUUUCCCACCUGUCCGGGUACAGUCCAAACUUCUGAACACAUCUGUGUAUGCAGACACCCAAUGCAGUAUAAACAGAACUGCCCAUAGUAUCAGGACGAGGGCUGUAUUAUGAAGCUCAGUACAUUUCGAGUACUGCCCAAAAUGUAUCUGUAAUAUUGGCUGUUGAAAACUGUCAUAUCAAAAAUUGGCUUUAAUUGCUUCAUUAAAUUGAUCCAAAUUGGGAAGUGUUUCCAACUUCAGGCUAUAUUUUAUUUAGAUUCUUUUACAAAGCUUUAUUUAACAAUAAUGCACUGAGCAGUUCUGAGUAUCAUAUUAGUACAUUUACAUUUAUUAAUUUUAGCUGACGCUUUUAUCCAAAGCGACUUACAAUUGCUAUAUAUAUCGGAGGUCGCACGCCUCUGGAGCAACUAGGAGUUAAUGUCUUCCUCAGGGACACAUUGGUGGAUGGGUCACAGUGAGGGAUUGAAUCCGGGUCUCUCACACCAAAGGCAUGUGUCUUAUCCAUUGCGCCAUCACCACCCCCCACUAAUACAAUAUAUUAGUAUAUUGAACUCUGUUAUCACCCAGUCCUGAUUGAGAGCUGUAACCUGCAGCUGACAGCAGGAGCCCAGUGUAAAGCCAGCCCAACACAUGGUCAGCUCUCCAACAUCAGCUCAUUUCUCUUUGGUUCUGAUCCAUCAAAGGGGUUUCUAAAUCAUGAUUUUCACUUCCCCAGCUGGUGCAGAGUAUGUACAAAACCAGCAAGAAGCCAAACAAGAAGCCAUGAGUUUAUUUGUAUACAGGAAGCUUUAAGCUGUUUCUAGUUCAUGCAAGUUUAACUUCGUAUACUGCCACCUUUAUACACAGCAAGCGACUUAUUUGGAACCAAAUUUAGGAGCCUUGAGCUGUUAAAAGGCCGGGAUAAAAUCAAACACAUGCACAACUGUGAAUAUCAACUAGGAGCAUGGAUUAAUGCCACGGACUCUGAAAUGAGCUUUGUGUUGAUCCCCGGGAGAAGAAGCGCUCUCGGUUGGCUGAGAUGGAUUUGAUGAAAUCUGACCCGUGCUAAUUUGAUAACCACAUAAUAGGAUUAAUUAGCUGAUCCCGAGUCAAAGGGUCUCAAUUAGCUGCAGGGCCUUUAAAGGGACAGAAGAAACAGAUUGGGAGAGGAGCGAUAAUGAAGCAGAUCCACAGUCACCGCACACACACACUUCAAAAAGCUGGAAAUCACUUCCACAUUCGACAAGCUUCCUCAUCCGACCCCCAAAACUCCAUCUGAGUUGAUCAGAGCCGUGUUUUGUUGAUCUAUUUGCACACCAGGUGAUACGUUAGUGGCAUUCUUCUUUUCUUGAGGGACCAAUGGAUUGACUGGGAGUUCUUGAAACCACAUUACAGAGCAGCGAGGGCCAUUCAGACAUCUAAAAAUGAUUUAAAUUAGUCCAUGAUUUUUUUUCUAACAUAAUGCCAGUUGGAUAUGCUUAAUUUUGCUUCACUGCAUAUUUGUAAAUAUAUGUAAUUAUUAAAAAUGAUACUGGUUUUCCGUGAA